AUGUCGCGCACACUUCCAAAACAGUUCAAUCCUCUUAUCACCAUUGAGGUUGCUCCCUCCUAUGACGAGCUCCUUGCCCGCCGUCGUCUCGGACAAACCAACCUCUCCGUUAAGCCUGCUCAGAUUGGCACCUCAAACGCGACCAAGCCAGAGAACCUGGGCGUGUUCGAGUAUGCCCACCUCCGUGCUCCGCUACCAAAGGACCUCGAGGGCUCCGAGAUCUUCCCUUCCCACAGUCCCCAGCAACAACCCGAAAGUUACUUCCUGAUGCGCCGUAGUAAAGAUGGCUUUGUUAGCGCGACAGGGAUGUUCAAAAUUGCCUUCCCAUGGGCCAAGGCCGAGGAAGAACGGACAGAGCGCGAGUAUCUGAAGGCUCGCGAGUUCACGAGUGAAGAGGAGGUUGCCGGCAAUGUGUGGAUCUCGCCCGCAUUUGCUCUUGAGCUUUCCAAGGAAUACCAAAUGUACGAUUGGGUGCGAGCACUGUUGGACCCAACAGACAUUGUUCAAACGCAAAGAAGCAUAUCACCCCCCCCGCCGAAAUUCGAAAUUCCCUCCGAUGAGCCGCCCGUGUCGCAACGCAACCGUAGAGGUCGGUCCGCUUCUCCGAGCAAGAAGUCUCCCCGAAAGCCCCGCAGCACCCGCAUCACCAAGGAUAUCACUAGCACCCCGUCCACGACGGCUGCAAACGCUAGCCUUCAGUCGGCAUUAGACACAGCUUCAGGCCUGGCCGCGGAAGCGAUUCCUGAGCUGCGCGCUGUGGAUGGCGAAGCGGAAGUGACGUUAAGCGGAUCCCCUGGAAAGAAGACUAAAGCGCGCAAGUCAGCGAGAUCUGCUACCGCGGAGCCCGAAGAGGAGACCAAGGAGGAGACCAAGGAGGAGAAGAAGGAAAAGAAGAAGGCGGAGAAGAAAGAAAAGAAGAAGCAGGAAAUCCAGGAACAGGACGAGACUGUCGAGGUAUCAGUGGCCGACAAUGCCACCGAUGCUGUAAAGCCUACUCACACUACUGUUUCUUUGGAUAUGCCGAUCAGUCUCCCCGAAGUGCCCUCUGCUGCCGAGACUGAAGAGAUGAUUGCUCAGGCCAAGGAGAUGGUGGAAGAAGCUAUCAAGGCGCAAGCCGAGGGCGCCACUGCCGAGUCGACAUCUGUUAAGACGACCAGCAAGCGCAAGGCCGAGGAUGAUGAGGAUGAAGAGACAUCGGCCGAAGCUUCGCAACGAGCCAAGAAAGCCAAGCUGCUCGAGAACAAACUCAAGCAGGAGCGCGUCCGUAACCGCUCUAUCUUCGGUGUCUCCGUCGCCUUUGCCCUUGCGGCUUCCAUCCCAUACUUUUUCUAA